AUGCCCGAGAAUGUGAGCAAGGUGAUCGCCAAGAAAGGGGCCAAGAAGGCGGCUUCCAUGUCGCACCCGAAGGGCCAGAAGAGGCGGCGCCGGGUCCGCAGGGAGAGCUACGGCAUCUACGUGUAUAAGGUGCUGAAGCAGGUGCACCCGGACACGGGCAUCUCCUCCAAGGCCAUGAGCAUCAUGAACUCCUUCGUCAACGACGUCUUCGAGCGGAUCGCCUGCGAGGCGCUGCGCCUGGUGCACUACAGCGGGCGGCACACUAUGUCGUCGCGGGAGAUCCAGACGGCCGUGAGGCUGCUGGUGCCCGGGGAGCUGGCCAAGCACGCCGUCUCCGAGGGCACCAAGGCCGUCACCAAGUACACCAGCUGCAAAUGA